UCCAGACCACCCUCACGCGCUGAUUGGUCCACGCGAGCUCUAGCGCCCAACCGAGCGAAAGGAUAUACUCACAGGCAUCUGCCGCGGGACCGUGCUUCGGCAUCAACCCAUCAACCGAUCUCACUCCCGUCGCAUGCCCGGCAUGCCUCCGCGUAGGAUCUCACAAUACUUCAAACCACCGCCGUUCGCUCACCAGGCCAGCGAACAGGUGUCUGAAACGCCCAUCAAACCACCGGCUCCCGCGCCUGAGUCGUCUCCACCCUUGUCCAGCCAUGCCUCUCCGCAGGCUCCUGAUGAGUCGGCGUCGCAGCUAAAGCGCUCGCUGACCCGGGCGGCGGAGGCCUCGAACGCCUCGAGCGAGCAGCUGGGUCCUCUGGAUCUGGAGGAUGAAGUUGUCGCGGAUCCGCCGUCAGGCGCCGGUUCCAGUUUCGACCAUUCUCAGCGCGUCGUGAAGAAUGGGAAGGAGGUUGUUAUUAGUUCCGAUGGCGAGGAUACGGACUCCGUGGCCUCGUUUGAGGCGCCGGACGCGUUGUUCACGAAGUUUGCUCAGCCCUCUGUUGUCGUGUCUGCUCCUGCCAGCGAGAACGACAGCGAUGUGUUCACCCCGGGAGGUCGGCGGUCAAAGGAUGGUCUCACGUUUGGGAGGUUUGGCAAGUCUAAGAAGGCGUCUAAGGUGUACAAGAACACGAUGGAUACGCUGGUUACUCAGGCGGUUGAUGAUAACGAAACCGAGGCCGGUAUCGCCAAGCUUAAAGCUGCACUUGAGCACGACAGAGCUCGCAGGGAAGCUGGCGCCGCUGGAUUUGACCAGGCGAACCAUUUGGAUGAGAAUGUCUUGACGUCGGCUCUCGGUGAACAGGAUGAUGAGAUCGAGAUGCGACGUUUGCUAGAUGCGGUCAGAAGAACUGAGGCUUUCGAUCUGGAAAAGACCUGGACCUUCUUUGAUUACGGCAGUGGGCUGGCUCCGGCGCUGGAUUUCCCCCGACAUUCAAUCUCAGAGAAGACAUACAAGAAUGCUCUGAGUGAUCCCGACUCGCGGGAACGAGCGUUUCAGUCGGGCAUGUUUGACUUCGCACUAUCAAAAGGAUGUCUUUCGGAUGAUUUUCUUCUAUGGAUAUUCCACUCCGUACCUUCAGAGCCUCGGGAAGGCCUGAGACAUGCUUAUUGCCGGGCAUUCAAGCAUGCCAAGGAAGAACGCGUGAAGUCCAUAGUAACACCUGACGCUGUUGAUGUUCUGUUCGAACGACUGGGAGCCACCAAGGAAGCGCUGGCAGUUUCCGACCCUGUGGUUCCCCACACGCUCCCUAAAGGCAAUCUUCCGAAGGUGGACGUGCAGCAUCAAGCUGCACUGCUCUCCAUUCUAGAACUGCUCUCUGGAAUAGCGCAUCUACUUUCAGACACCACUCGUGAACAUGUCAUCUUACUCUUAUUCCGCCUAACACUAGACAUCUCCCUCACCGGAGAUCCCACGAUCUGCUCAGAGCUAGAAAAAACAAUCACCAUCUUCUUCCAAAGUAUCCCAGAAGACGCAGACGACGACCUAGAAUUCCGCCUCUGCACCUCCCUCCAGAUCACCAUCAAAGACAACAUCCUCCAAAGCCGCCUCCUCAAACACAUGCUCCCCUCUUUCGAGCACAUCGCAAAAUGGAGAUCCCGACUUGCCCUCUCCUUCCUCCUCAACGACGCUACGCCCCUUUCCCAAGACGCGGACAUAAUGCUCGAUCUGCGCCGCAUAAUCGACGUCCUCAAAGACCCCCGCUUCAACAUAAAGCACCACAAGGGAAAGAGCAAACAAAACCAGAACCAGCACCAGCACCCGCACCAAAGCCACCACCACACCGAAUACGACUACGGCUGGCUCAGCGCCAUCACGUACCUCCUCAGCGUGGUCCUCGACUCGGGCUGGUCAGGCAUCGAGUUCCCCAGCAAGGAGGCGAAGCAGGAGUUCAACGCAGAGGUAGACACGCUGGCGGAGCGGAUCAAGAAGAUCUUCACGGCGAUUGAGGACUCCGGGGCGUCGCAUUUGAAGCGGACGCUGGCGAAGGGGGCGCUGGAGGCGUUGCACUAUCGGGUUGUUUAUUCGGUGAGGACGAAGCCGCCGCCGAAGAGGACGCUGUUCGAGAGCCUGAAUACUCGCAAUCAGCCGAAGAUGACGCAUCUGUGGAAGGGCAUCAAGACGGAGGAUACGGAGAUGCCGAUCCGACCGCAUGAGGCUCAGUCAUGAUAUCAUGGCUUACCGGCUGGAUAGGGCUGGAUGGUGGGAGAUGAUUGGUAGCUACGGUUUUCCUCUCCGGGUUGACUGCUUUUCGGGACGGACUCUAGCUGCACCACAUUAUCACAGGCCAUUGGUCCAUUGUGUAAACCUAGGCGACCAGAGUUCCUUGUCAUUGACUAACGCAUACGAAAUCGAAUACC